GGCCAUCCUAUACAGAUCAUCCCAUUGAUUCUAGCUGCUCUCCUGAUUCCCCCCGCGGUUCAUGCAUCUUGUCCAACGUAUGCCGCAUGGCUAGACGCUUCCAACGAGAUCCAUCCAGUUUAUUGUGCAGGAGUGCCUUGCAACAACCUCAAGGGAUUCGCCACAGUCGCCCUGUCGCCUGAUGGAACCUACCUGGAGGUCACGCUCCAAGUUCAAGCCACACCCGACUCGGCAGCCAUUCCUCUGUUCCUGCCUCCGGCCAUCUAUGGGCCGUACGACGCAACACAAGAGGCUGCAGCUGGUGUCGCUCCUCUUGCUACAUUGAGUGUUCCCAGUUUGUCUCUGGAUCAGAGUCUAUGGAGCAGUAGCUCUAGGAUCAAACCAGCUGAUCUUCCCAAGCUUAUGGAUGCUCUGCGUAACGGGCUUGCCUAUGUUAACGUGCCGACUGAUCGCGUUCCAACGGGAGAGCUAAGAGGGCAGCUUCAAGUUGUCACCUGCCUAGAAGCAGAACUGAACUCGGCGACAGCUUGCGCAGCGAGCAACCUUCAUCCUUACGCGUUUGCGAAUGUUCUGCUAAGUGCGGAUGAGAAGUUAUCAGCCACUCUCGUACAACUUCCUCGAGACCCUUCAAGGAGCAUCCCAACUCCAGUCUCGGUGGAAGUGACAUCCACGACGAGCGUUCGUCUAGCCACACUACAGACUCAGCAAUACUCGAGCUGCGUCAGCGGCUCCUUCUCGGGGCUCAAGGCUGAUGGGGUUACGCCAUGCUCUGUAGAUGAGAAACACACAUACCCAGCUGAAAUUAAUUAUGAUUCGAGCAUGAAUAAGGUUUAUCACGUGCUGUACAACUCUGCAGGGCCUUUCUUGAACAGCACUGUGGUUGUCAAAACCAGUGCAACCGGGUGUACGAGCCAGCUUGUCGGGCACUUGCUUCCUGCCACCCCGUGCAGGCGCCUCCUCCAGUUGCACGACAGCCUGUACUCGGUCGCCUCAAGCUACAAGUCCGAUUGGAUUACCAUUUGGUCUCUCAAUCAGGGGACAUUGCAAAAUCCUCAGACGAUCAAUCCAGACUUCAAGCAGACGCUCGUUCCUCGCUACUACGCGCAUCCCUACUACAUCGUCCAGGGAGAAAAUUCCCUCGCAGUAUCGCGGAGGUUCGGGAUGACAGUCGAUGACAUCUUGCGGCUCAACCCAGGCCUCAAGGACAUCAACAGCUUGCCCGUUGGCUCCACCAUCUGCGUGGUUCCCAACUGGCAGAGUGUCAUAGCUGGCAAUGGACAGCGGAUUUGUAUAUGAACGUGUAGAAUUAUCUCAAGUUAACAUCUAGUGUUGGACUUAACGAGCUCAUUUGCUCGAACAUUCUUUUCUAUGUCAGUGUCUGCAGACUUAAACGACUCUU